AGAGCCGCAACACUUACUUCACAUCUAUAUGCGUUUAUAUCCACGUAAAUUUGUGUGUAUUCACAUCUAGGACUGGAAAUUAGCCGACUCGGGUCGAGUUUUGUUAAAUUUGAGCUUGGAUUUUUAGAACAAAAUACACAGAAAGAGGAGUUGUAGAUAAGUAAAAGGCUCGAUUGGUGGUUGAAGGGUAUGCUCAAAGACCUGGGAUAGACUAUAAUAAAGUAUUUGCUCCAAUAGCAAGGUGAGAUACCAGCAUAUGGCUUUUGGCUCUUGUUGCACAUCAUGGGCUUACAGUCUGUCAUCUUGAUGUCAAAAGUGCAAUCCGCAUGAGGAGCUUAUUGAGAAUGUCUACGUUGAGAAACCACAAGGAUUUGUGGUUGAUGGGGAAGAAUCAAAAGUUUACAAACUCAGGGAAGCGCUACAUGAACUAAAACAGGCUCUCAUGGCCUGGUAUAGUCAAAUUGAAGCAUACUUCAUCAAUACUGAGUUUGAAAAGUGUCAAAAUGAAUAUUCUUUGUUCAUUAAAAGUAGGGUUGGCAAUUUCGACCUGACCCGUUUUAUCCGACCUGUUUGACCUGCUUUGGGACGGGUCCGACCUGCCCCGUAGGUGGGGCGGGGCGGGCAUGGGUACCUCCCAUCGACUUGGCCUGCUGACUCGCUCCUACCGUCACUCUAGAAAAUGACCAAGUGUAACCACCUCCUAAAGCGUAGUAUAGCGGGUUUGGGUUUUAAUGUCAACCCGGGUCAUAAGUGUGAUGACUACUCCGUGAGUUCUUAUUAUUUAGCAGUGAAAGUGUAGUGAAGAUCCAAACAAGCAAACAAGCAAAACAAGUAAAAAGGUUGUUUUCAAGUCGAGAGAGGUCACCCGCAUAUGGUUCCCCCUAGACUGCAGUUGAGCCAGAUUGUAAUUUACCAAGUUCGAUUCCAAUGAUAGUUAUACUGCGGGAGGUUCUUAAACAGUCUGCAGUCUCGACUAAAGGUCUAUAGACCCUCUCAAUCUGAGUCCCUAGCGGGCGACUAACCUCCACCGGAGUAAACAGAUUGAGGCCCUAACGAACCAAACCUCCACUACCGAAGUAAAUCCGGUACAGAAUAGUGAAUUGACUCCUCGACUAAAGUUGUCAAUUCACUACCUUCAAUCAAGGACGCUCUAUCAACCUAGGCAGAUAUUCUCUUUCUAGGUCAAAGCAGAAAUAACAGGAAUUUGAUCAGGAUUCAUGCCAUUCAACAAAUCAAACCUCAAUUGAACAUAAUCAUAUCACUGAAUAUGUACUUGGGUUCAUACAAUCAGACCUAACAUACAAAUCUAGAGUUCUUCAUACCCAGGUGAAUAAGAAAGUUACUCCAUAGAGAGAGAUGGGAAAUCUAGCUCAUACUGUGAAGGAUGAGAAUCUGCUUCUGACACUCAAUCAUCUCUUCUCCAAGCUCAAGGCGGGCUCCAAUGGUGAUGGAGAUCGAUCAAGGACACUUGAAGAAUUAGGUUUGUCACUUUCUCUCUCUAGGUAUACGCUUUUUCUCUCUAAAACUCGGAACCCUUCACUUUUGCCCUUCUUUUCCCUUAAGAAGCUGUUUGCCGCGAUCCCCGUUCUGAAUACCCGGUCGGGUAUUUUGGGUGGAAACCGGGUAUCUUCAAAACGCACCGUUGGGAAACAGGGGUUAAUCCCCGGCCUGGGCCAAGAAUACCCGAUCGGGGAUUUAUGAUUACUGCCCGGGCCCCCUUCUGCUUCUCAAACGCCCGAAACAUGAAUUCCCCGGUCUGCUCCAAUUAAUACCCGGCCGGGUAUUUCUGCUCAUUGCCGGGUAUUUUUCUCCUCCAGCACACUUCAACCCAAACGUGCACCUUUCGACCCGAAACUCGUUUCUUCGCCUCGAUGCCAACGCUAAGUCUUGAAAUAUGACAUAAACGCACAACCUAGCAUGAAAUCGGCUUAAAACACGAGGAUCAACAUCUCAAACGGCUCAGGAAUAAGGGUAAAAAUAUGUGCAAUCAAUGGUCUAUCAAAUUCCCCCACACUUAACUGUUUGCUUGUCCCCAAGCAAACCUAACUCAAACCAAUGCAACUCUCCAGACCUCUAUAGCAACAAACAACCUCGAUCGUCGGUAGGGGAUUUUCUAGAUCAUAAAGAAGCUUACGAGGUCAACUGGUCUUCUAAGGCGUCCCCUAUCUCUCUCAAUGCAAGUACUAGACUCAAGCCAGGAUCAUGAGAAGAAGUAGAAGUAAGACAGUCAGUUCAUGGAUAAAGGGACUAACACCGUUCACAACCAAGGACUCGUUGUACCGGGGUGCUCUUUCAUUUCACCGUUGGAACCCCUUUUUUGCACUUUCAUUUACAUUUCUCUUGUUUUUUUUCAUUCACUUAGCGGGGGUUCCAAAUGCAGUAUUUUGCACGGUCGACCCUUAUUAGUCGAGCAAGAGCAAUUUCUAUACAUCUGGCGCUCACCACAGUACUUCUUUUAACUCCUUUUCCUCAACUCGUGUGGAGGGUCAAUGAAAUUAAGGGGGGUCGCAAGCUCUAUCCGUGCCCUUAAAAACACAUUCUCAAGUAGGCAAACCGUUCACCGGGUGGAAGUUUUACUUGUACUAGAGACAACUUAGCUUCACCUUGUAGGAGUACCCACUAAGGAUCACUAAAAUCUUCUCCAAAACCCGAUUUUUUGCAAUGAACGGUGCCACUGCUUCCCAUUUUACUUGACAUGGAGGACCAACUGCUUCCCAUUUUCCAUAUGAGCACCCUGUUCGAUACACGAGUCCAUAACAUAAUCCAAACAGAGUCACCAUUACCACAUGAAUUCAACGGUCUUAGCUCCACUAAUUCACAAAAUCAACUGGCACAACAGAGAGCUAGAUAGGAAAAAAUCUUAUACUUCAACAUCCUCCAUAGUGCUACACUACCUCCCUAGGUUGCACAUUACUAUAGAGACAGUCAAUUCAAAGCAUACUGAGCAGGCAAUUUGCAAGGAGACACGUACUUGGAGCCCCGGCAACGACGCCAAAAACUUGACUCGCUCCUACCGUCACUCUAGAAAAUGGCCAAGUGUAACCACCUCCUAAAGCGUAGUAUAGCGGGUUUGGGUUUUACUGUCAACCCGGGUCCUAAGUGUGAUGACUACUCCGUGAGUUCUUAUUAUUUAGCAGUGAAUGUGUAGUGAAGAUCCAAACAAGCAAACAAGCAAAGCAAGUAAAAAGGUUGUUUUCAAGUCGAGAGAGGUCACCCGGAUAUGGUUCCCCCUAGACUGUAGUUAAGCCGGAUUGUAAUUUACCAAGUUCGAUUCCAAUGAUAGUUAUACUGCGGGAGGUUCUUAAACAGUCUGCAGUCUCUACUAAAGGUCUCAAGACCCUCUCAAUCUGAGUCCCCAAUGGGCGACUAACCUCCACCGGAGUAAACAGAUUGAGGCCCUAACGAACCAAACCUCCACUACCGAAGUAAAUCUGGUACAGAAUAGUGCAUUGACUCCUCGACUAAAGUUGUCAAUUCACUAUCUUCAAUCAAGGACGCUCUAUCAACCUAGGCAGAUAUUCUCUUUCUAGGUCAAAGCAGAAAUAACAGAAAUUUGAUCAGGAUUCAUGCCAUUCAACAAAUCAAACCUCAAUUGAACAUAAUCAUAUCACUAAAUCUGUACUUGGGUUCAUACAAUCAGACCUAACAUACAAAUCUAGGGUUCUUCAUACCCAGGUGAAUAAGAAAGUUACUCCAUAGAG